CGCGGCCUUACGUAAGUUCCGGGCGCGGGUCGCACUCCAUCGCGGUGGGGCCGGGCUGGGCCGGGCUGAGCUGGGCUGGUCUCGUCUCGUCUCGUCCUGUCUCUCCGGUGUCUCUUCGUGUUCCCGGGAAGUCGCUCUGUGCAAACAGGAAUGGAUUUCCCCUCCGGAAGGUUGGGACAGGAUGCCGAAAUCCCCCGCGCGCGGCCCGUGCCGGGCGCGGGCCCCCGCGCCGUGAAUCCUUUCCUGAGCCUGCUGAACUCCAUCUCCUCGGGUCUGUCGGACACGGAGCUCUCCGAAAUGAAGUUCCUGUGCCGCGACAAAAUUGGGAAGCGAAAGCUUGAUGCGGUGCAAAGCGGCCGGGAGCUCUUCAGCAUCCUGAUGGAGCAGCAGCUGAUCGCGCACGACAACCUGGCAUUGCUGAGGAAGCUGCUGCAGGACAUCCGCAGGGACGAUUUGCAGUCACGGGUGGUUCAGUUCGAAGAGGAAGAACCUCAUGCCCUUGAUAAUCAGCCAGAUGGGCAUGAAAAACGUCUCCUGAAAGCAGCUGUUGAAGUCAUAUGUGACAAUGUUGGGAGAGAGUGGAAGAAGCUGAUGCGAGAACUUAGGAUGGCAGAGGUGAAGCUGGACAGAAUAGUAGCAGCCCAUCCAGAUAACUUGUAUGAGCAGCUUGUUCAGGCACUUCGGGAGUGGCAGUUGUGGAAGGGGAAGGAUGCAAAGGUGGCUGACUUAAUAAAAGCCCUCCAGAGCUGCAAGCUGAAGUUGGUGGCAGACCUGGUUGAAGAGAAGAUCUCACAGCUGAACAUGGAACCAGAUGAAGUGGGUAAAAAACUAUGAAUGAAAAAUCAGAGUACCUUCUUCUUCUCUGAACCAAAACAAUUAUCAGUGGCUGAUUAUUGUGCCACUUAUUUAUGUGCCUUAAUAAGUUAAUUUGUGCUCAGGUGAAAAUUGACAUGGGAGCAGAUUCCUUUCAGGGAACACUUUGUAGUUUGAUGCUUCUUUCAAGGUAUUUUAACUUUCACAAAAUCUGAACUCCAUUUUGUAGAAAUUCUCACACUUUUGUUCUGCCACUCACUUGGAAAGAUUUGCUUUGCUGUAGGCAUUUUUCAGAUGCACCUCCACUGGAAAUACAUUUAUGGGACACUUCUGAGGCAACUGGAAUUUAGAAUUUCAUGGGGAGGUUAGAUUUUUUUUUUUUUUUAAUGGCCUAUUAUAAAUAGAGUGUGAAAGGGAGAAGGGGUAAACCUUUCAGCUGGAUGCUGGCUUUUCUUUUAGAGAAGCAUAAAAUAAUAUCUUAGGUAAUUCAUCAAAUAUAUUUGCUCUCCAUGAAAGGAUAUUUAAGACAACUGUAACCUCAGACUGCAGUGCAAGAGGGACAUUAAAUAUUGUGGUGGCUUUCUUGGAAAAAAUGUGCCUGGUUUUGAAAAUGAAAUCAAAUGUCUGUACCAAGUGCCUUCAGCAUCCCAGAGGAAGUGCUCUUCUGAAACUGUCCAAGAGACUUCGUGUCUCAUAGAUGUUUACAGCAGCCUCUUGUCAAAGCUGGGACUGCUGUGGGACUGCUUGCUGGGACUCCUUCCAUGACCUCUGUGAGAGGCUGCUCGUGUGUGCUGGAAGGUGUGAGCCACUCACAGAGGGAACAGGAUUCAUGAACCUGUGUCAGAUUCAGUUCUCAGCUGUCAUCUGGAACAAACUUCAAUCAGUGGCCUUCACGCCUGACUUAAGGCUGGAGAAAUUGCACAGUUGCACAGUCCAGGACAUGCAGGGCUGUAGAGGCCUCAGGGAGAAGAAUCCCAUGAGAUCAUUACUGCUUGAACAUCUGCAGGAUCCUGCAUUUCUGCAGACAUCUCCCAAGUGCCUGGUUAGAUACUGGAAGAGGUUUAAUUGAUGCUGCAUCUGUGGGACUUCCAGCUCUUCCCAAAUUGUUUCCAUGUGGUGCCAUUGCUGUGAAGGGCUGGGUGUCAGCACAUAACUUGUCACUGCUCUGCAGAAACGUUGUGACACUGACAAUUUUCAAGUUUUUGUUGCACCUAGUGCCUCUUUCUCAAACAGUGAGGCUUGAAUACUUAAUGGUAAUUAGUGGAAACUGCCAUGAGUUCACAUGAUAGAAAAAUCAUUUCAGUCAGGGUUUUUUUCCCUUCAGUGAUGCUUCUCAUCACUCCUAGGAGUGCUCAAGGCCAGGCUGGAUGGGACUUGGAGCAACCUGGUCGAGUGGAAGGAGUCAUUGAUUGGAACUGGAUUAUCUUUUAGGUUCCUUCCUGCCCAAACCAGGAUUGUGUGCUGAUUCUCAGUAUCUUUCCAAUUGUGGUGUAUUAAGUAUCUCUGGUUGUAUCCAAACAAAGGGAAAUACAGGAGUUGCCACCUGUCUGCCUCUCCAGCAGGCAGAGUUCUCCAAGUUCUUACUCUAUUUAUUUGUAGCAAUUGUCAAUUCCAGGCUCCCAGGAGGAGAUGCUGAGCUUCGGCUGAAUGACCAGCUCAGGUGCUUUGGAGAUUUUUGUUUCAUAGACACCAGGAGUAAUCAUUUUGCAGUAUCUAAAGAAAAGGAUUGCUCCAGCAGUUUUUUCUUCCUGCCUCUGAGCAAUCCCUGGGAGCAGAGCAGAGGAGUGGAAGUGAGUAGAAUGAAUUAUAUGAGUGUUCAAACAGCUCUGCAACAGCUCCAAGUCCAAUCUCUCUGCUGAACCACUUUUCUUAUCCACUUUUAAUAAGUCUUCUGCUUCUCCGACGAGAUUUAUGUGGAAUAGGAAAAGUACAAUGCCUACUGCAUACAGCCAGGAUAUUUUAGGAAUUGGUUGGAAUAAUCUGGUGGUUGUAGCCAAGCACUCAUUGGCUACAAGAAAUACUCUGCUUCAGGAGAUAAAAACCUCUUGUUUCUUUAAGGAUUUUGUACAUCCUUUUACUGUGUCUGAAAGCAAUGACCUAGACUGCAUCGAUCUGUGCCAUACCUCAGAGCGAAUUAUGACUGUUUUUAUGAGAGAUUAAAAUGUUUAUGUGAAAGCAAAAUCAACUGAAAUGAAGGGAACAAAAUCUUUUUAUUGGGAGGAGGGAUAAAGAGUAGAAUUUGUAAGGGAGUGUUUUCUGAUCCAGUUGACAAUCUUUUAUUUUCAAAUUAAACACCUUGAACUCAUACACAUAUUUUUAUAACUUGAAUUAAAGUUUUAUAUUGUAUAAUUCUGUGUACAUUUAAUUAAAAUAAUUCCUUAAGAAAACAAAAAGUGGAACAGGGUAUUUUCUUGUUUGGGAUUGCUGUCUGCAGUGAGAUCUCUGACUGAGAGAAAGUGGAUGUUAAGGACAAUUUGGAAGCAAGGAGUGGUGCUAAACAGGCAUUGUGUUAGCAGUGCCCUUCUUGGGACAUUAAAGACAAAAAGGCAAGUGUUUUGUCAUUGAGUUUCUUAGAAGUGCUAAACAGGCUGCAGUCUGCCUGCAGCAGCAUUUGAAUCCUGUCACUAAGGGAGGUGUAAGGAAAAAGAGAUUCCCUGCCAGCCCUCAAGAGCCUAAACUCAGUCCCAAGGUGCUUGGGAGACAGGAUGCCUGUGGGUAGGCUUCCUUUUCUUUUCCUCUGCUAGCCAUGCUGUGCUAAGGAUGUCAUAUUUGAUAAUUAAUUGAAAACCUAGCUUCUGGUUUAGUCUAAGCUUGGUCAGGAUUUUAGAGGACGUGCUCAGAAUGAAUUUACAGAGGCUUGGGUGUUUUGUGGUGUGUCAGCCUGCACUUGAAGUUGUGAGUAAGACAACUUAAUUGCCCUUUUUAUCAAACCCUUUAGGAUGCUCUCCAAGAGUAUCUGCCUGUGAGGAAUUACUUAAACCUUUUUCCUUUUGGUCUCCUGAGAGUAAUCUUUCCUUACAGCCUUGAGAAAACAGCACAUCAAAACAUGUGGAGAAUUAGGAGUGCCAUCUCAGGAGAAUUCUCAUCUCAGAGGGUUGUUUUUCCAUGUCAUUUCUCAGUCCCUUUCAGCACUUGCUUGCCAUUGCCUAUGAUUUUUUAAGAUAUCAAUUAUGAACACAUAUUGAGGUGAUUUUCUUUUCCAAAAUUGCAUUAUUUUCAUUACUGGGUUAAAUAAAGUUUUCUAGCCCAUUAAUUAAAAAUCCUCUUCCACAAAUUGAUUGUUGUGAACAUUUCAAAUACAAUGCUUUGGCUUCCUUUUCUUCAUUCUCCACACUCAGGCAGCUGCAUUUCCUCCAGCCUUUGUUUCAUUCCUGAAAUAAUUGUCUCCUCUGAAAUCUAAUUGCAUCAUUUUUAAACAAUUGUUUAAUGCAGAAAGCUUAAUAACACUGACUGUCUCCAAGCUCUCUCUAGUGCUCAGCAUGUAUUUAAUUCAGACUUUUUGGCUGAGCAUUUUUCAAUUCAAAUUUAUUUCUAAUCAUUGUCUUGUGCCUUUCUUCUUCAGCAUGAAUCACCUAUAUCCUUAAAAUGUGUUCUAGCACAAAUAGUUUUCUAGGUUUUCUUCCCUCUUUGACUUACUACUUUUCUCUGACAGUGUUUUGGUGCUCUGGUAGAAUUGAGAGAAGUUAGCUCACUGUUUCAACCAUAAAAAUAAGAAUAAUGGGGGUGAGCUGAGGGGUAGGGGAAGGAGUUGUGAGUAAAGGUUCAGGAACUUUUGGAGAAUCUGAGUUUUAAAAAAAACUGUCACAGCUGAGGAUUACUUCACAGGAGCAGGGUGUAUUGCAAUGUGUGUGUACUGGGAAGUGGAGGUUCCAGGAGAGAAAGAUGCAGGGCUUUACUCAGCUGCUGGGAAAGGCAGAGUCAUGCAGGUCUCUGCUUGGCAAUCUGCAUGGAACCAACUCUUAAUCAUUAAAAAGUCCCGUCCACAGAACAAUUCCUGCUCAUGCCUCAUUCCUGAGAGCAUUACACAUGCCUCUCUUAAAGCAGGCAGAAGUGAAAACAACAGGCUUGUUCUUGUGAAACAUGAUGUAAUAGACAACAUUAAAAUCCCUGAAGUUGGCCAUCCUGGUUGAGUUUGAAUCAGGUAAUUUCUCUGACUUGGUCAGUUUUGGAAGCUGGAAGCCUUUUCCAUGCACUCUGUGUGUAUAGCUCCUGCAUGGAUGGCAGCUGAGCUCUCCUUUCUUUUUGGUUUCUUGUGCUGUGUUGGGGAAGGUCACAGAACUCCAGGCAGCUCUCACAGUAACCAGCUCUUAUAGCAAAGAGAAGGGGUUUGUGCAUGUUCUCUGCUCUAAAAAAAAUAACAGCUCCAAGGGAGGUCUUGAGGCGUCUCCAGUACAAUGUAAUAAAAAAGUGCCUUUGCUAAGGAAAGCAGCUUAAUGUCAACUUUGUAUCUCUGCCGAAUGCUUCAAAAAGCUGUCAGACUGGUAUUUUUUUAUUUACUACAUAAUGUUCAAGCCUUCAGAGCAGGCGCUGGUGCUGUGUGAAGUUACACAGUCAUAAAACUGGACCAUUAUCAUGCGAGAUGUAAAAAACACCCACCUGGGGCUUUCUGUGGGAGGUAUUUUAUUUACAAGUGAGCCCGGCUUUGGAGAACUUCUACAGAGAGCAUUCAUCUUGCCAUUAAAAAUGCUCACGAUUUUAAAAAUGUUUUCUUCUCCAUUUCUUAAUUCUGCUGAUCCUAUUGAUCACAGUAUGAGUAUUAACUUUAAAAAACUGAUUUGCAGAAUUUAGUCUGAGCAGUUCUUAUUGUGGUCUAAAUUCUAAAAAGGUUGUAGGAGCUAUUCUGCAAGCAUACACACCACCUGUGGCAAAAGGGAUGUACAAAGUUUCAAUUUCUAUACAAAAGCUGAUGAUUUUUGUAUGCAAACCUGGUACUAGAUUUUGUACACAGUGAGCAUAAAAAAUGUGAGAAAGUUUUGACAUAAAAAUGAAUCUAUAAAACUA